CCGGGCGGAAGUGACGUCAGGCCGGCGGAGGGUGGGCCGUCCCUGUCAGCGCCGCCGCCGCCAUGGAGCUGAACGAGCUGCUGUACAACAAGUCGGAAUACAUCGAGACGGCGUCUGGGAAUAAAGUUAGUCGCCAGUCAGUGCUGUGUGGAAGCCAGAAUAUAGUGCUUAAUGGCAAGACAAUUGUAAUGAAUGACUGUAUUAUCCGAGGGGAUUUGGCGAACGUCAGGGUUGGACGCCACUGUGUUGUGAAAAGCCGCAGUGUAAUAAGGCCACCGUUCAAAAAAUUCAGCAAGGGGGUCGCUUUCUUUCCUCUCCAUAUCGGCGAUCACGUCUUCAUAGAAGAAGACUGCGUGGUCAACGCAGCCCAGAUUGGUUCCUACGUCCACAUAGGCAAAAAUUGUGUGAUUGGUCGACGGUGUGUGUUGAAAGACUGUUGCAAAAUUCUCGAUAACACGGUAUUACCCCCCGAGACGGUGGUCCCGCCGUUCACUGUCUUCUCGGGCUGCCCAGGGCUCUUCUCCGGAGAACUCCCAGAGUGUACUCAGGAGCUGAUGAUCGACGUCACUAAGAGCUACUACCAGAAGUUUUUGCCUCUCACUCAGGUGGCCCCAGCGAGGGCAUAAAAAGCAAGUCACCAGAGACGACCUCUCAAAAGCAGCCCGCUUAUAACCCCCCCUAAAUUAGCCAUUUUAACCUCAAUCCACCAGCCCACCGUCGGGUCCUGCGCUCCUGACUCCGCACCUCUUGCCACCCGCCCUGGUCGAGAGGACGAGAAACCGCCACCGGGCCCUGCCUUCUGCCUGCAUUGCUCUUGGGGAGCGGUAGUUCCCUGGAGAGGACGCACAUUUUGCCCGAUGACCCUGGUCCCUUGGAGAUUUGACUGCAAAUAACCGAACCCCAAGGUCAGCAGGCAGGAACUGGGGGAAGCGUCAAUUGGGCGGAGGGCAAAAAUCAGGGUCGUCUGUGGAGAAAACCCAGUUUCCAUUUGUCUGAAAAUAAUAAACCAUCCCUGCACUGGGCUCCCCUCACUCUGUUGUUGCUGUGACUGCUGGGGCCGGGACAGGGGCCACGUGGAGGCCAGAUUGUCCCCCAGUUUGGGUCGAUGAGUGGGAAAUGGCUCCCGGAACCUUCACGGCGGUCACCAACCCAGCUGCGCUCAAUACUGCAGGAAAGUGAAGGGAAGCAAAGGAGAACUAAGCCCCAGAGUGGAUGUGGUUCAUCGAAUGAGCGUGCAGUAGCUUCUGGCUGAUAGGCACUCUCCUUGGACCUAUCUCAGAGACAGGUACAGGGCCUAAUGGGAGGAGUGAAAUGUCUUUUUAAGGCCCAGCCAAAGGAAAACCUGGUCAGUCACUAUUUCUGAAGAAAGCACUCUCAGCGGAGAUGAGUUUGAACUCUUUGGGUCGUGGCGAUACCCCCUCUUCCCCAGUUUUGCUGGAAGCCGGUGGUGUCUGGGAGAUUUGUCGGAAUGAAGAUAUCUUUCUCAUUCACAGUCAUCCUCAUGGACUUUGGAAAGGACCCAGCAUACACAGGUUGUCGGGUCCAUCCUGGGCACUGAGUCCAGGGGGACACGGGGCACCCCAGAGACACACACCCCAUCCUCAAAGAAUUAGACAGCCAAAUAGAGAACAAUCAAGAACAUUCAUCACGACGGUACAAAAAUAAAGGAUUUACACUUCGA